GUGUUGAUUUACAAUCAUCUAAAAUGAAUUAUUUCAUUUAAUAGUACAGUCAUGGUUAUUACGAUUUGUUUCCUAUUCAAUUCCAUUCUACAAGUCCUCUAAUUUGUGUAAACAAUGGAUAAGUACGAUACAUCGCAGCUGACGGAAUUUCCUCGCUUUGAACCAGAAUCAAAUCAGAGUGGUGUAUCCACAUUUUUCAAUAAAUUGUGGAAAUUUCCUAUAUUUUCACCAAAUGAUACUGGUGAAAAUUCACAAGAAAAGCCAUCAGAUGUGAAGCAAGGUCCCGGUGACUCCAAUGACCAGAAUAAAGUUGAUAACGAUGAUACAAAAACAGAAACUGGUAGUUACGCUGUCGAGUUUGAGGGCCGUAGUUUAGCCAAUGUUUUGAAGAGGAUAAGCAGCCUCGUCGCUUUAGGCUCUGGGGGUGGCACGAGAUAUGCAGAUACAGAGCUUGCCAGAUACUGGAUGCCGGAUGACAUUUCACGAGAGUGCUAUGAGUGUGCGGCGAGGUUCAGCACACUUCGCCGUCGCCACCACUGCCGUGUGUGUGGUCAGAUAUUCUGUUCCAGAUGCUGCAGCCAGCGAGUGCCAGGACAAAUCUUCGGAUGUGCGGAUGGCUUGCGAGUUUGCAACUACUGCUGUAAUGUAGUACUGAGUUAUUUGAAAGAAAAUGAUAUGACUGGUGAUAUAUCACCGGAUCUAAGGACAUUGCAGGAGAAUUUGCAGGUCAAAUUCCCAGACAACAAAUGCUCGUCAUCAAAAACCAUGGGUCAGGACAAUUUUAUGUUCUCGCGCGAUCAAGAGGAACGCUGUGAAGUCCGCUCCACACCCAAAGAGACCCUGCAGGACAUAUAUCGACAAUUAUCAUUGUCAUUGCCCACGCAGCAACACAGAUAUCGUCUUGUAAGGUACAUUGGAGUGUGGCGUGGAUGCGACAUGUUGCAAUGGAUUAUGGACAACACCAAUAACAAAACGAGGUCGCAGGCGUGGCAGACGUGCGCGAGCCUGGUGUCGUCGGGGCGCGUGGUGGGCGUGUGCGAGUUGCCACACUUCGCAGACUACGGCCUCUACCGCCCCGCGCACCUCCCGCACCUCCCGCACCUCCCGCAGGGCAUCGACCCCACGCACCACGAGCACCACGCACACCAAGCAACAGCAGAAGAGCCCAGUCGACUGCUAGAGAGUGUAUCAUCAUACUGUCUCGAUUUAAAUAUCGACAAAAGCUCCGCGAGACUCAUAAAAGCCCCCAGAACUGAAGUGAAAUCGUCGCCGUCCAGCGAAGAGGACAAUCCUGUAUUAGAACAGAGUGAAGGUUAUCCCGAAUCGAAGAAGAUAUGCAAGGCUAUAGAGGAGUCUGGGGAGGAUCACCUUCGGCUGCUGAUGCGGCAGUGCUUGGCUCGAGAAGGGCUGGCGCCUGUUUGGGCGGACGUCCUCUACCCGUUGUGUCAACGGGCCGCAGAAAUCAUCAACCUUGACAUGAACAGCAAUGAAAUGGACGUGCGCAACUACGUGCAGGUGAAGAAGGUACCGGGCGGCACCGCUGCAGACUCGCACCUCGUGCACGGCGUCGUGCUCACCAAGAACGUCGCACACAGGGGCAUGCCACAACAGAUAGACAACCCUACAGUGCUGCUUUUAGAUUGUUCUAUUGCAUACCAGCGGGUCGAAGGCAAGCUGACAUCAUUGGAGCCGGUAUUGCUGCAGGAGCAGCAGUACCUGGUGCGGUGUGCGGCGCGCAUCGUGGCCCUGCGGCCGCGUGUGGUGCUGGUCCGCGGGCGAGCGGCGCGCGGCGUGCAGGACGCGCUGCGCGGCGCGGGCGUGGCGCUGGCGGCGCGCGUGCCCGAGCGCGCACUACGACGCCUGGCGCGCGCCGCCCGCGCCGACCUCGUCGCCUCCGUCGACGCGCGCAUCGCCGCGCCGCGCCUCGGCACCUGCCGCCGCUACUACGUGCGCGCCUAUCCGAGCAAAACCCUGAUGAUUUUGGAAGGAUGUGCUGAACCUAACUUGGGUUGUUGUAUUCUCCUUCGCGGGUCGUCCUUACAAGAAUUGAUCAGAGUGAAAAAAGUAGCGAAAUUUAUGCUUUUGGCAUGCUAUAAUUGGAAAUUGGAGAAAGCUUUCCUAGGAGACAUAGAAGCUACAUUACCUGAACCUGGUAUGACUUUCGACGAUGACGCUGAUGCAAAUACCGAAGAUAAAAAUGAUAUUACAAACAGUAAUGAUGACAAAGACGAAACAAUUGCUAUGGAUAAUGAUAUAUUUAACAAUGCCGAUAUGCAAGCCGAUAUUGAUGACAAUGAAUCUUCUAUUAAUAAAGUAAUGAACAAUGAUAUUGAAAAGUCUAAUGUAACUGAUGCAAGUAAAAUCGUUAGUAGCGGAGAGUCAAUUAGCAGUGAAAAUAAUGAUAAUAAAAAUAAAAUUGCUAGUGGUAACGAAUCGAAUGAUAACGAUAAUGAUUCAUGUAAACUGCCCAAGUUUCAAGAAUGCGAAGACCCCUUACAGAGAGCUAAGACUUAUGUUCGUAAGACAGAUAAUGAGAAAACAUUUAGUGGGGUACCGAUACAAGAUUUUAGCGAUCCGUUGCAUUCCACUUUGUCGGUGGACGACGAAGUGUUUCUUCCUAAAGAGGAAGCCAAGUUGAAAGCUGACAAUCACACUGACAGGUGGUCGACGGACGACGUGGUGCUGUCGAUGUCCCCCAACGUGGUGAUCCCGGCGCCGUACGCCGACACGGAGGCGGGGCGGCGCUGCGGACUGCGGCAGUACUUCACGCGGGACCUACUGCCGCAGCCCGCGCCCGCGCACCUCCCGCGCCCCUCCACACCCCGCGCGCGACCGCCGCCGCCCGCCCCGCGCAAGGUACGAGCCCGCCCCGCGCACCUCCCGCGCCCCUCCACACCCCGCGCGCGCCCGCCGCCGCCCGCCCCGCGCAAGGUACGAGCCCGCCCCGCGCACCUCCCGCGCCCCUCCACACCCCGCGCAAGGUACGAGCCCGCCCCGCGCACCUCCCGCGCCCCUCCCACACCCCGCGCAAGGUACGAGCCCGCCCCGCGCACCUCCCGCGCCCCUCCACACCCCGCGCAAGGUACGAGCCCGCCCCGCGCACCUCCCGCGCCCCUCCACACCCCGCGCAAGGUACGAGCCCGCCCCGCGCACCUCCCGCGCCCCUCCACACCCCGCGCGCGCCCGCCGCCGCCCGCCCCGCGCAAGGUACGAGCCCGCCCCGCGCACCUCCCGCGCCCCUCCACACCCCGCGCAAGGUACGAGCCCGCCCCGCGCACCUCCCGCGCCCCUCCACACCCCGCGCAAGGUACGAGCCCGCCCCGCGCACCUCCCGCGCCCCUCCACACCCCGCGCAAGGUACGAGCCCGCCCCGCGCACCUCCCGCGCCCCUCCACACCCCGCGCAAGGUACGAGCCCGCCCCGCGCACCUCCCGCGCCCCUCCACACCCCGCGCAAGGUACGAGACCGCCCCGCGCACCUCCCGCGCCCCUCCACACCCCGCGCAAGGUACGAGCCCGCCCCGCGCACCUCCCGCGCCCCUCCACACCCCGCGCAAGGUACGAGCCCGCCCCGCGCACCUCCCGCGCCCCUCCACACCCCGCGCAAGGUACGAGCCCGCCCCGCGCACCUCCCGCGCCCCUCCACACCCCGCGCAAGGUACGAGCCCGCCCCGCGCACCUCCCGCGCCCCUCCACACCCCGCGCAAGGUACGAGCCCGCCCCGCGCACCUCCCGCGCCCCUCCACACCCCGCGCAAGGUACGAGCCCGCCCCGCGCACCUCCCGCGCCCCUCCACACCCCGCGCAAGGUACGAGCCCGCCCCGCGCACCUCCCGCGCCCCUCCACACCCCGCGCGCGCCCGCCGCCGCCCGCCCCGCGCAAGGUACGAGCCCGCCCCGCGCACCUCCCGCGCCCCUCCACACCCCGCGCAAGGUACGAGCCCGCCCCGCGCACCUCCCGCGCCCCUCCACACCCCGCGCAAGGUACGAGCCCGCCCCGCGCACCUCCCGCGCCCCUCCACACCCCGCGCAAGGUACGAGCCCGCCCCGCGCACCUCCCGCGCCCCUCCACACCCCGCGCAAGGUACGAGCCCGCCCCGCGCACCUCCCGCGCCCCUCCACACCCCGCGCAAGGUACGAGCCCGCCCCGCGCACCUCCCGCGCCCCCCACACCCCGCGCAAGGUACGAGCCCGCCCCGCGCACCUCCCGCGCCCCUCCACACCCCGUGCAAGGUACGAGCCCGCCCCGCGCACCUCCCGCGCCCCCCACACCCCGCGCAAGGUACGAGCCCGCCCCGCGCACCUCCCGCGCCCCUCCACACCCCGCGCGCGACCGCCACCGCCCGCCCCGCGCAAGGUACGAGCCCGCCCCGCGCACCUCCCGCGCCCCUCCACACCCCGCGCAAGGUACGAGCCCGCCCCGCGCACCUCCCGCGCCCCUCCACACCCCGCGCAAGGUACGAGCCCGCCCCGCGCACCUCCCGCGCCCCCCACACCCCGCGCAAGGUACGAGCCCGCCCCGCGCACCUCCCGCGCCCCUCCACACCCCGUGCAAGGUACGAGCCCGCCCCGCGCACCUCCCGCGCCCCCCACACCCCGCGCAAGGUACGAGCCCGCCCCGCGCACCUCCCGCGCCCCUCCACACCCCGCGCGCGACCGCCGCCGCCCGCCCCGCGCAAGGUACGAGCCCGCCCCGCGCACCUCCCGCGCCCCUCUACACCCCGCGCAAGGUACGAGCCCGCCCCGCGCACCUCCCGCGCCCCUCCACACCCCGCGCAAGGUACGAGCCCGCCCCGCGCACCUCCCGCGCCCCUCCACACCCCGCGCAAGGUACGAGCCCGCCCCGCGCACCUCCCGCGCCCCUCCACACCCCGCGCAAGGUACGAGCCCGCCCCGCGCACCUCCCGCGCCCCCCACACCCCGCGCAAGGUACGAGCCCGCCCCGCGCACCUCCCGCGCCCCCCACACCCCGCGCAAGGUACGAGCCCGCCCCGCGCACCUCCCGCGCCCCUCCACACCCUGUGCAAGGUACGAGCCCGCCCCGCGCACCUCCCGCGCCCCUCCACACCCUGUGCAAGGUACGAGCCCGCCCCGCGCACCUCCCGCGCCCCCCACACCCCGCGCAAGGUACGAGCCCGCCCCGCGCACCUCCCGCGCCCCCCACACCCCGCGCAAGGUACGAGCCCGCCCCGCGCACCUCCCGCGCCCCUCCACACCCCGCGCAAGGUACGAGCCCGCCCCGCGAAAUCCACCCGUUCAUAAAACACCCUCUAACCGCAUCAGCAGACGACCCCGCAGUGAAGGCAGCCCUGGCAAACUACAGAGCGACCGGCUGCAGGCUGGUCAGUAACGAGCACAAGGCCGAGUGUCCACUGCACGAACCAAGUGUAGUCAAAAAAGCGCCCAAGGAGGUGGAAUUAGAGACGAAAGAGAAACAAAGUGAGAGCAGCGAACCCUUGGACCCGCUGGCCCCGGAGAACCACCAGCGGAUCAGUCUGCUGCUGUACAGUUACAGCAAUAAAUCUGCCAACGUGCCUGAUUUCUGCGUCAAUCCUUGGAUCGUCAAAAUAGAGAUGUACGGCCGCCACGACAUAUCUCUGGGAGCUUUCCUGCAGAAGUACUGCUUCAAUCCGGACUACAAGUGUCCGUCCAGCAACUGCCAAGUGCCAAUGAACCAACAUAUAAGGAAGUUCGUCCACGACGACGUGUGUAUAACGAUCACGUGUAACACAAUAGGACAUAGCAACGUAGAUAAAACGAAAGCAGAGUCCAAACAGGUGGCGUUCUGGUCGCGGUGCUCGCGGUGCGGCGCGGGCGGCGGCGCGCGGCGCGUGUCGCCCGCCGCGCUCACUCUGUCGCUGGGCGCGUACGUGCGCGCGCGGGCCGCCGCGCCGCGCUACGUGCGGCCCCGCCUCUGUGCGCACCCGCUGCACGCGCACGCGCACGCCUUCGUGGCCGGCCUCACCACCGCCUGCUUCCGGUACAAUAAAAUAGAACCGUACGACAUACAACUGCCACCGGAAGUAAUAUACACAAAGUACGACACGAAGCAAAUGCGGGAUGCACUCAUACAACAAUUGAACGACCUUAUGCUUAAAGGGCACGAGACCUUCAGCUGCUUGACAGAGAGCGACGCGGAGAAGGAGUACCAAUCGUUCAAGCAGCACAUGGACCAAGUCCACCUCGCGCUCACUUCUGGACAACUGCAGGAGCUCACCUCGCCCGCUGCUGUGGUCCGCAGUUUAUGGAGCGUGUCGGACCGGAUCGUAUCUGGUGAGAAGAUGCUGCGAGACGCCCAGGAUAAAUGGUCUACUGCUCUCGCAAAGUCUGCCAAAGCACACUCCGAUACUAGUGCUGCUGAAGAAAAGUCUGACUUGGAAGAUUCAAUUGGCGAAAGUGGAAUAGAAGGAUCAGGUACAACGUAUACAUUUAGUGAUAAUAACUCAAAAGAGCCGGACAAGGAACACGCAGGUACUGAAGAAGACGAAGAGAAAGGCGACAAGAAAACAGUGAAGCAAAUCUUAUCGCAACUCUUGUCUAACAAUCAACCGUCGCAUCAGGGUGGCAUGAUAAUCUGGAGCGGGCUGGUGCCGGUGGUGGUGCAGGCGGGCGAGAUCGGGUCAGUGAUCGCGGCCACGCUCGCCUCGCUCACCUACCAGCGAGCCGCCGCCGCGCUCACGGCCACCGCACAACAAGCGACACUGGCCGAAAUAGAUGAGUCGGAUACCAACAGUUCUGCGGGCAAAGAUAAAACAGACGGCGACAAGAACAAAUCAACGAAGUCCAAUGACCACAUUGAAGUUUUGCUAAAGGACGGGCUCCUGUGUCGCGUGUACUACGCGCCGCAGUUCCACAAGUUACGGCACAUGCUACUGGCGCCGCUGAGUGCGAACCCACACAUAAAGGAUGAGUUCACCGACAACACUGGCGAACAAGCUGUAGGGGACGGCCGGUGUAGCUGCGAGGAUGGCAGGGAUAAGUCGGAUAACAAGAGCCUGUGCGAAAUAGAAGAAGGGUUCGUGCGUUCGUUGGCGCACUGCGUGCCGUGGGCGGCGCGCGGCGGGAAGUCGGGCUCCACCUUCUGCAAGACCGACGAUGACAGAUACGUGUUAAAAGAAAUGACUAAGCCGGAGUGGCAACAGUUCCUCGAGUUCGCGCCGCACUACUUUAACUACGUAACCCAUUGUCACCAGAACAAACUGCCCAGUCUGCUUGCGCGCAUCCUGGGCGUGUACAGCGUGGGCGGCGCGGGCGGCGUGCUGGCGAUGGAGAACAUCUGGUACGGCUGCGGCGCACAACACAAGCGGUUCGACCUCAAGGGCUCCAGCCGGCAUCGCCUCGCACCAGACACGCAGCCGCUCGCAGUCCUCAUGGACGAGAACCUGCUCAACUUGCGGUGGCAGCAGCAGCUGCACGUGGCGUCUGCGAGCGCGCGCGUGGUGUGGGCGGGCGUGGAGCGCGACUGCUCGUUCCUGGCCGCGCGCGCCGUCAUGGACUACUCGCUGCUGCUCGGACUGCAGCGCCGCACCCUCGUGCUCGGCAUCAUCGACUACAUCCGCACGUUCACGUGGGAUAAAAAAUUGGAACACCUGGUGAAGAAGAAUCUGGGCUCGGGCCAGCCGACGGUGGUCUCCCCCGAGGAAUACAAGCAGCGGUUCUGUGCUGCAUGCCGCAAGUACUUCCUGCAGUGUCCCGCGCACUGGGAUCAUCUCUAUAAUACCACAUAGCAUGGAGGAAAGGUAUUUGUUAGUAAUGUAGAGUGAUGAUUCUAUUGCUAGCAAUGUACCAGAUUUACCUCCACGUGGUUCCCCCUGGAAACCAUUCUGAUAAAUUCCUGGUGAAUUUGUCACAGUGGGCUAACUAACCUGACCUCAUGCUCAUCCUAUCAUCCUCCACUGGUGCCCCGCCAACGUAAACCGUUAGCGCAGGCGGAUCCAUUUUUACAUUAUCAUCUA